UCUAGCAAUUAGCAAUAGUCCUGUUCCAAUCAGAGUAUUUACUUAGACGCAUCAUGUGCAUUUCUAAAUUAUCGCACAAAUAUGAAAUUCUUUCACAUUCCGUAAUUUCCACCUUUUCUCUCUCGCUUUACAAAUGAGAAAUUAUUAGAUAGACUUAGUCCAAUAUAUCAAUCAUAAAUUAGCCCAAUAAAAAAUGGUCAUAUGUCCAAUUUUUAUUAGAUUAGUCUAUAGCUGACGUGGUAGACUAAGUCUACUUAAUAAUAUAUCAUAAAAAUGUUGCUGAGUCUCUCUAAGGCUCAAUUUACUAUUGCUCUCAAUCACUUGAUAUCAAAAUUGGGAGCCAAGCUUACAGAGCAACCAAGCUUAGCUUGGCUCCUAGGCGCUCCAAACCCUAACAAUUUCGUGUUUGCUCAUUUAUUGCAUGCCCAAUCAACUCAUGCCACAUGCUCCAUCCCCCACAUGGGGCAUGCCUUCGCACGUGUAGUGUCCCUCCCCUUGCUGAAAUUUCGCACUAAAUGACAUACUGGCGGGGCUCGAGCCGCCCCUCCUCCCUCUCCAUCCUCACCCAACCUUUGGAGCUUUCCUACCUGAACCUUUAACAAGCAAAGCUUUUCAUGUGCUCGGGAAAUGAUUCCAUGUGACAUGCUCUCGUCUCUCUCCCUAUUAAACCCUCUCUCCAUCUCCAUGUUCCACACAAUUCACACCGAGACAUACAAAGCGACAUGAAAAGAAGUACUACUUUUUGUUACCCAUGAUUGGAUCUUUCUCAGGAUUUGGUUGGCUAGAUACCAAACUAUGGCGUUAUACGAUGACUCAGCGCAGGAUGAGCGAGGAAAAUAUGGAUAAAAAAGGGGAGACACUGCACUUGCCAUGUGAGGAUUCAUAUGUAACUAGAGAUACUCAUCUGCUGAUGUUCCCAUCUAGGUAAAUGAAAAGCCCUGUGAUGUCAUCUAGGUAACCAGAGCACUGUAUCUGAUUAAAAAGGACGAAGAGAAGCAGCCCCUCCAUAAGAUCACCAAGUCGCAAUAGCCACAACUCCUCUCCAUUAAUAUACAGCCCUUCCCUUGGGCUCCUCUCGGCUUUCAGUUUCAGACAUGCCAAAGCUACAAAGAUACAGAGGAGUGAGGCAGCGGCACUGGGGCUCGUGGGUCUCCGAAAUCCGGCAUCCUCUCCUGAAAACUAGGAUUUGGUUGGGGACUUUUGAGAGUGCCGAGGAUGCGGCCAGGGCCUAUGAUGAGGCUGCGAGGCUCAUGUGCGGGCCGAGAGCGAAGACCAACUUCCCGAUGGAUCCUAGCGGUACGAGCACGUCGUCCGCCCUAUCACCAAGCCUCGUGGCAAAGCUGGAGAAGUGCUGCUUAGCUUCGCAGGAAGAGACUAAGAGAGCCAAGGUGGCGGCGGUGGAUGGCGAAGAGAAGGUCGAGUGCAUGGAUGAGGAGUGCAUCGAGGAGAUGAUUAAGGAGCUUUUACAUUGCGGAUCUGUGGAGAUAUCUUUCUCUUCUUCUUCUUCUUCCUCCUCUUCCUCUUCCUCUUCCUCUUCCUCUUGACUGCGAGCCUGUAGUUCCGUCUUUUCGUAUGGGAAUGAGCGAAUAGUAUGCGAUACUGUGCAUAAGAUGUUAAAGUGGUCAUGUUUUGGACAUUUAUGUUAGCAGGGUUUGAUUUAACAAAUCAUUUCACUGUUGGUUCUCGUGAU